CUCGCAUCACCCACCAUCGUCAUCUGCCUCGGCCUUCCACCAAGUCGCCAGUCGGUCGCCUCCUCCUACUCGCCGUCGUCGUCUCUCCUCUUCCCUUCCCGGCGGUCGCGCGGCACCGGGGCACGCGACGCCACCUAUCUUCUUCCCUGUCUCCUCGCUUCGAGCAGCAGACUACGCUUCUUCAAGAUGCCGAGGGCCACGAGCGACGCAAAGCUUCUGAUCCAGUCCCUCAGCAACGCGUAUGCUGCCACACCAACAAAUCUUAAGAUUAUCGACCUGUACGUGAUUUGUGCUGUUGCUACUGCCCUUAUUCAGGUUGCUUACAUGGGAUUAGUUGGGUCAUUCCCCUUCAACUCCUUCCUCUCAGGUGUCCUUUCAUGCAUAGGAACUGCAGUACUUGCUGUUUGCCUCCGUAUUCAAGUGAACAAAGACAACAAGGAAUUUAAGGACCUUCCCCCGGAGAGGGCCUUUGCUGACUUUGUUCUGUGCAAUUUGGUGCUCCACCUGGUGAUCAUGAACUUCCUUGGAUAAGCAACUGCUGUACCAAGUGGUUAAGAUUUUGUAGCCCCAGAUUAUGGUCGCUGAUCAGUGCGGUUUAAUGUUUGGAACUGUCAUAAUGUUUGAGUAUCCAUAUGAUCUCUCACAGAUUACCUUUGUAAGCCCAGGAUUCUUCAAUGAACUGUUAGUUGAAUGGACAGUAUGUUUCACUUUGGUAGUUUGGUUGAUCCAGUCUUGACAAAGUAAUACCGAGCAUUUGCGUAA